AUAAACUAGAAGUAGAAGACACGCUACUGUGCAGUGAAUAAGCAUUUUAGCUCAUUCGUCGUAGUUUUAAGACGUCACUGCAUACUUAAAGUUUUACUUCCAAAGAAAAAAUAUUUUUGGCUGUACGACGUACACAAAACGUAAAGUUUUAUUUUAUGCGACAGAGACAAUGAUGAAGUUCUUUCUGGAGGGCGUGGAAAAGUUUGUUGUUAUCACGUGAUAGACCUCUAAUGUUUGAUAAACUAUUUCUUUCAUAGCCUCUAGUUCUUUGGUUUCGACGUUCCACGGUUAUUUCUUAAAUAAUGCCUCAACCGAAAUACAGAAAGAUUGCUGUAUUGGGGUAUCGUUCAGUUGGAAAGUCCUCCCUCACGAUACAGUUUGUAGAAGGACAAUUUGUAGAUUCCUAUGACCCUACUAUUGAAAACACUUUUAAUAAAAUGGUGUCUGUGAAUGGCCAGGAUUUCAAUCUCCAGUUAGUCGACACUGCUGGACAGGAUGAGUAUUCCAUUUUCCCCCAGUCUCAUUCUAUGGAUAUUCAUGGUUACGUUCUGGUGUAUUCUGUCACUUCAAUGAAAAGUUUUGAAGUUGUGCAGGUUCUUCAUGACAAGCUGCUUGAUAUGGUUGGAAAGAUACAGGUACCUACUGUUCUAGUUGGAAACAAAAAAGACCUUCACAUGGAAAGAGUGAUUAAACCAGAAGAGGGGAAGAAGCUAGCUGAUUCUUGGGGUGCUGCUUUUAUGGAGUCAUCUGCUAAGGAAAAUCAGACAGCUGUAGAGGUUUUCAAGAGGAUUAUUCUGGAAAUGGAAAAAGUUGAUGGAAAUGCCCCAUCAGAGGAGAAGAAGUGUGCUGUGAUGUAAGGCAUGCAGUAAACUCACAUGCUGAAGUUAAGAGACACCUCACCAUACCAUGAAUUAUAACGGAGCAGUUCAGUAACAGGUCCACUCCUGAUGAAUUAUUUCCAAAUGCAGUCAGAUAUUUAAGCAAAUCAGUGCUGUUCAAAACCAGUGUCAGCAAACAUUCUUCCAAAAUUACAUAUUCAGUAUUGGGAAUUAAAUGUUAAUACUAUUUGAGGCUGAAAUUACUGUAAAAGGUUUUACUGAGAAAAAAAAAAGAGAAAAAAGUCCCACCUCUGUUACUUUCAGCUUUGUUGACUGACAUUUACUGUUUAAUCUGACAGGUACUAACCUGUUUGCAAUCUACUAUCUCAAAUGGGCAGUAAACCGUUGCUCUUAUUUUGAUUUAGAUUUUUUCUUUUCUUUUUUGUUCCCUUUGAUAAAUAUUUACUAAUUUUACUUGUCUUGAGUAACCAGUGUUACUCAAAUGUGUAUCAGUUGUCCAUUUAAAUUUAGUUCAUAUAGUGACUGUCAUUAAGACUGCACAUAUUAACAACUCAGCGCUGUGCUCCUUCGUUCCUCUUCCUAGUGGAAUGUGUAAACGGUGUGGGUGUGUAUAUAUAAUAGGAUUUAAAACGGCACCCUAAAAAGAUCCCCUGUUCCCACUGGUGGUUUUAUACACAAUCAAGUGACUACAAGAACUGUAUUCUUUCUAAACCUUCAGUAUGAAGUAAACAUGAGUACUUUAAUACUUUGUUAGAAUUCGAUUCAUGAGAUUCAACCUUUUUUCAUUUGUUGGAAGUGUUUUGUUUUGAAUCAGAAAUUAGUUUGGUUACCUGUAACAGUGCCCUACAUGCAUUUUAUGCCACUGUGAACAUAAAUCUUUACAUGGUAUAUAAAAGUGUUUGUUAGGAAAAUACACCAUUUUAGUAUGAUGCUGAACUUCAUACAGACCAUUUGCCAUUCGUGAGGGCUUAGUCUAAUAUUUGCAUUGUUACAAAGGAUCAGUCAAUUCAUCAUCAACAAUUUUCCCCUGUGGAGGCAUAUGAAUUUAAUCUUCACUUAAAAAGCAGGGUCACAAACAAUACCUCUGUAGAUCAGUUUAAACUGAUAAUGCACCGGUUACCCAAAAAAAAAAAAAAAUGUUCUAAUGCAGUUGUAAUGUCUUUUGCAUCAUCGUCCCUGCUUCCUAUUUAGUAACUCCUUAGUGAUAUUAAAUGGCACCAUGAUACAAAUACUAUCAGAAAUGUCCUGACCCUUACUACUUUGAAUCAGCACCACUGAAGUCCAAUGUUCCUUUAAAAUCUGCACCUCAUUUACCUGUGAAGUUCAGGCUGCCAGGUUUUUCGUUUUUAUAAUUUUGACAACCUUCAUGAUAAUUUUAGGGACUUCUGUAUAUGGAUUUUUUUUGUAUGUGGACAAAAAUAAACAUUUAAAGAAU